CCGCGCCGCCCCCCGCGCCAUGGCCGACUGGGCCCCCGCUGAGGAGCUGGAGUGCAUGAUGGAGCCCCAGGAGCUGGGCCUGGAGCAGCCGCUGCCCGCCCCCGAGCAGGGCCCCGGCGGCGAGGCCGAGCUGCCGGCCGCCGAGAUCUCCCUGACGCUGGUCACCGAGAUCCAGGCCGUGGACAGGAAGGUGGACACCCAGGCCGCCCAGCUGAUGAACCUGGAGGGCAGGAUGAGGAUGGCGGAGACGAAGCUGAUCGGCUGCGAGAAGACGGCGGUGGAGUUCGGGAACCAGCUGGAGAGCAAGUGGACGGCGCUGGGCACCCUGAUCCAGGAGUACGGGCAGCUGCAGAAGCGCCUGGAGAACAUGGAGAACCUGCUGAAGAACAGGAACUUCUGGAUCCUGCGGCUGCCCCCGGGGGCAAAAGGGGAAGUGCCCAAGGUCCCCGUGGCCUUCAACGACGCCUCGUUUAACUUCUCUGAGGAGGAGUGGAAGAGCCUCAACGAGUGGCAGAAGGAGCUCUACAGGCACAUCAUGAAAGGCAACUACGAGGCCGUCAUCUCCAUGGACGCUGCCAUUUCCAAGCCUGAGCUGCUGACACGGAUUGAGCAGGGAGAGGAUCCCAACGCUGAGGAUCAGGAGGACUCUGAGGGAGGAGAGACCCCCACGGACCCCAGCACUGAGUUUUUCUUCCCUGGGCCCGAUGACAGCUCAUGGGGUAAAUAUGAAGAGACUCUGGCCGAAAGCCACGAAGGCUCUGAGGAAGAGGAGAGCAUGGAGGUCCCUGGUACAUACGAACAGCCGUGCGAUGAGGAAGGCUCCGAGAGCCUGGAGCUUUCCAGGUCGUUGACAGGAAAGUGGGAAGAGGUUUUCUCCAACCCGGAGGAGGAGGUGCAAUCGAGCAGCAAGAGCCAGAGCGGGUCGGCCCCGCCGCAGCGAACGGCGACGGGCAACGGGCUGAGGCGCUCCGUGCGCCGCGGGAGAGACUUGGCCAGGAAGGAUCCCGAGGAGGCGGCGGCCGACAAGGGGCCCUACAUCUGCUGCGAGUGCGGCGAGAGCUUCCUGGACAAGCAGCUCUUCGCCACCCACCAGAAGGCGCACGCCAGCGAGGAGGCCUGCACGUCCCUGGAGCGCGGCGAGAGCUUCCGGCAGAAAUCCAAAGCCAAGGGCCAGGGCCCCUCCCGCUCCAAAGCGUCCAAGCGCCCCGACGGAGAGAAGAGCUCGGGAUUCAAGUACGGCUUCGUCAGGCACCAGGUGAACAACAUGGUGGAGAGGCCCUACACCUGCUCCCAGUGCAAGGAGAGCUUCAGCCUGGAAGUGAGCCUGAUCCUGCACCAGAAGCUGCACACGGGGAAGGGCGACGGGCCGCUGACGUGCACCUACUGCGGGAAGGACUUCCGAGACCUCUCCAAAGCCAUCCGCCACCAGCGCAUCCACACCGGGGAGAGGCCCUACCAGUGCACCGAGUGCGGCAAGAGCUUCAUCCGGCGGGACCACCUGCUCAAGCACUGGCGGGUGCACACCGGGGAGACCCCCUACCAGUGCCCCGUCUGCGGGAAGCACUUCCGCUACAAAGAGUCCCUGAAUUGCCACCAGAAAAUCCACUCCCGCAACCCGCGGCCCGGGGAGGAUUCCCAGCACAACCUGGGCUCGGCGGGCACCCAAACCGACCACUUCUGCGUGAAAAAAGAGACUAAGCAGUAGCCGUGGUGGGGCCGGGGCAGGAGGGCUCGCGGUGACCGUGACGGUCUGGCAGGUGGACGUGCAGCAUGAUGGCAGGUGACUUGUAUCGCAGCUAAUCCAUGUGGUCAUGCUACGAAGCCCGCUUUGGUGAAGCAUCCAAGGAAUUCCUCUUAAAAGACUCUGCUCGGCCAGCCCAGGCAGCUCUGGGACCCCGCGGGGUUCCGUGGCGCUUCCACCGCGGCGCAGGCCCCGUGCUCGCUGUUCCCUACGCAGGGUUGGAUUCUGCCCGUAGAGAAUAAUCCCGAGCGAUUCUCUGGGGUCCGUAUUUAGCAGGUGUUCCCCCACCUAUCUUUGUGCAUAUUCAGGAGUGACAAGCUUUCGCUUUCUUUUUUCCACUCGUUUCACUGCAAGGCUGGAAGCGCGAGGAGGGAGGGAGGGAAGGAAGGUGCCGUUCCCAGCCGGCCGCCCGCUCCCGCCGCGUCGCCGUGUCCCGAAAGGCUGCCAGGCCAGGACUGGGAUGAAGGCGAGAGAGGCGAGGCAGAGAGGUGGUCAGGGCACGACGCGGGAUUUGUGGAAGGCGGAAAAGCGGAGAGGAGAGCGUGGCAAGGAGCGGGGUGAGAUAAAGCAGGUGCAGGAGAAGGGGGCUGAGGACAUUGGAGCAGGAGGAGUCAGGAAGGGCAGCGUUCGGAGGCGUGCUGGGGUCACUCACACGAGGAGGACGUGUCUCCGUUCUUUUGAAGGGUGUCACUGGCACCAGCCGGGCUGUGGUUCCCCUCUGGCCCGAGGGAACGGCGCCGCUGGGCCGACACGCGGACUCCUGACAAUGAAGGCGAUUUUAUUAUUAUUAUUAUUUUUUAACUGGGUUUGGUCUCACUCAGGUAAGUCAGACGAGUGAAAGCAGCUUCUCCUAACCCCUGUAAAGAGCUGUUUGGUUUUUAGUUAACCUAGAAGUAGUCUUAUUAUUAUUAAUUAUUAAUUAUUAUUAUUAUUAAUUAUGAUGAUGAUAAUACUACAAGGAAAGGUGUGACACUAUAUUUCACAGUUGCUCUAAAACACUUCCAUGUAUGCGAUAACUGCCCGGAGUUUUCCAGCCGUUUGUGUAAAUAUUGGAUGACUUCUGGAGCUGUUGGUGUUGUUCUGAGGUGGCUGUACGUGGUGUCUCUUCGCUCUGUAUCGUCAGCUGCUGGUUCGUGACCGUGUUUUGUAAUAACUUUUGUAAAGUCUGUCAAUACAGUGUUUCCAUUCUGAA